AUGUCUGCUUUAAAAUUAGAAGAUCCCACAGUAGAUGUCGGUGAUAUCGAAAAAUAUCGUAUGGCUUUUUUAAUGCAAUUUUUUGUACAACACAAACGAAGAUUUCGAUUUCCACGUCUUCGCUUACAGGACCUGUAUCAAAAAGUUUUAAAAGAUCCAGAUCCUGUAGCAUUUUGUGAUCUUGCUGCUCGUAUACUUCGAUUUUUAAAUCAUGACGAUCCGGAUAUUUGUAUGGCAACUGUUGAUCAAGCACUUGAUCGUUUCGCAAUUGAUAAGCGUACUUCAUAUAGAAUUAAUAUGCAACGUCAUCGUAACGGAAAAUUGGUGCAUCAAUUGGGACCGGCAGCUAGAGCUGCAUUAUUGGAUAAUUUAAUUGAAUCAGUUUAUGAUGAACAGCCGGAUUUCAACUUCACAACAUGCUUCAAUAGUUCCAUAUCUACAAAUAGUGUUGGUGGUGGUGUGCGUGGUGGUGCUAAUGGUUCCGGAUCAACUGGUCUUGACCGAAUCGAUACUCAGGAUUUAUUUGGUUCUGGAGAUUUAGGGUCGGGUGAUGGAUGUAAUGUUUUUGCUGAAACAGAAGAUGUCAAUGUACUUAUUAAAGCUGGCCAGGAUGCUCAAGGAUGUAGUUACUAUUAUAUGGAUGAUUUACGUCUUUAUCGUGAACGUCCUCAAAAUGGUAUCUCAUCACAAUGGGAUGUUGUUGUUGGUCCAACAGCUGAUCAAUGGUUAACAUUUAUUAUGUCAUUAAGUCGUAAUGAAAAAGAAUAUGAUUUAUAUUGUUUUUUAAAACAAGAUUUAUUUGAAUUAGUUAAAGAAAGUUUAGAUGCAUUAGAAUUACAUACACCAAAUAGUGAAUUAGAUUCAAAUUAUUUACGUACAAAAGAAUUAAAUGAAUUAACUGAAUUAAAACGACGUCAAUUAGGUGUAAAUCAUAAAUCAUUAAUUGAAAAUGAUAAAUUAUCAUUAAAUAAUAAUAAUAAUAAUAACAAUCAUCAUCAUCAUCAUAAUAAUAAUACAGUGAAUCAUCUUAGUGUAAAUGGUCCAAAAAGUGCAUCACCUGCAUUUUCUGGUGGUCAUGGUAUUAGUGGAAUUGGAAGUUCUGGUAGUUCUACAUCUGGUGCACCACUUACACCUAGUUCAGCUCGUACACCAACAUCUGCACCACCUGCAUCAAGUAUACAACAACAAUUAUCAUUACCGCCUCCUUCUUCAGAUUGUUCAGAAACUUUACAAACAUCAGUGAAAACAGAGUCUUCUUCCAGUUCAAAUCUAACAAAAAUGCGAUCAUUAUCUGGUCAAUCACCCUGUGAUCCAGAUUUAAUGCAUUUCCCAAAAUCUGAGGUUAAUGCUUCACUUGAAUAUACCAACAUAUCAACAUCAUCAUCAUCAUCAUCAUCUGGAUCAGUUGUCAGUUGUAAUCAUCAUGAUUCUUUUAUAAAUACUACCACUCAUUCUGUAACUUCUUCAUCUACAAAUCAAUACAAUUUAUCUUCACCAUCAUCUGUGGUUGUUACUUCUACAAAAUCUGGGUAUACAUCGUUAACUGGUGGCAGUAUCAAUAAUAAUAUAUCAAAUAAUAAUGAAACAAUAAGAAAUUCAGAUAGUAUUGUUGAUCAAUCUAUUGUACCAAUGCAAAAUAAUAGUUCAGUGGUUUGUGAAUCUAUCACAUCAUUGACUGGUACUAACACAAUGUUUAUUACUACAACUCCUUCUGCUAUGUGUACAACAACAACCAUGAAUACUACUUCUAUUACUACUACUACGACAAAUAAUAAUAGUAAUUAUACUUCCACUGUUAGUGGUAUUCAAUUAUUGCCUUCCUCUCCUAAUAUAUCUACUAAUACUACUGCUACACCUGGUGUUGUAAUCAGUGAAUCAUUAGCAUCCUGGAGUUCACCAGGUCUUCCUAAUUCCAAUUCAAAUAUGACAUCAUCAUCAUCUCCAUCAUUCCAUCGUGAUCGCAAGUUACCAACAAUUAAUGAUACUAUUGCCAUUUCAACACAACCACCAUCAUCUCAAGUACAACAACGAUCAAAUAAUGGAACAAUUGAUGAAAGAAACUAUCGAUCAUAUCCUUCAUCCACUCAACAAAUAUCACAAAAUCAAAUUACUGGAAAUGGCACCACAAAACAAGCAUAUCCCUUUGACUCACAUAUGACGAUGAAAGGAUCUCCAGUUGAAAUUAUCGAUCCGAUUAAUAUAAAACAAUCUACUAAUUCAUCUUAUUUUCGACAUAUGUGUACAGGACAUCAAGAUAUUAAUUCAUGCAGUGGAUUAGAACAUUCUUCUGUCUUAUCAUCUAAUUCAAAUUCAAAACAAUGUAUUGGUCCAACUACUGCUUUAGUUUCACCGAUAAUUGGUAUUCCAGAUAAUGGUUGUAUGCCUUUAACUCAAGAACAAUGGGAGAAUCGUAAAAGUAAAAUAGCACAAUUAGAAAAAAUUCAUUCAACAUUAAGUAAAAGUAAAAGUGCUUCAACACCAGGUGCUAUAACUGCAGCAACAGCUGGUGCUGUCUUACAACAACGUUUAAUGCGUAAUUCUCUUUCAAUGCAACCACAACAGCAAUCCCAUCACCAUCAUCAUCACCAUCACCAACAACAACUGGAACAACAGUCGUUAGGGUUAGGGAAUCCUUCAGCACAACUACCACCUUCUGCUAUUAACAAUUCAUUACAAUAUUCUGAAACUGUUGGAACACGUCCGGUAGAUUUUGAAAACUAUGGUGUAUUUCGUCAGAGCGGUUUAGUUGGAGGACCAUAUAUUAAUAAUGAAUCAGCUCAACAAGAAUGGGAUAGAUUAUGUUCUGAUUAUCAGCGUGGAAAAAGUGAUCCAUCGAUGAUGCGUUAUUCUGGACCUAGACAGAUGGGAUUUUUUGAUAUGUCCAACUGUCCAGUUCCUCCUCAUGAAGCUAAUCUUUCAUCUCAGUGCGCUGUCCCACCUAUGGCGACUGGAACUAUGAUGUUGCCUUCAGAACAAGUAAUGAUGACUGAUCAACAAACCUGCCAACCUCCGGCUUACCAAAGUGGCCCUCCAGUUGUAAUGGUUCCACCAAAUAAUUCAAAUAUAUGUUCUGGAAAUCCUGGUUAUCCGUCCUCUGAUUCACUGACACUACCGACAGAAUCUUGCCGGACACUAGGUCCUAUCGGUACAGCCGGUCCGGACCCAAUAACUCCCGGUGUAAUCCCAACUACUGGGCAAAAACGUUCUUACCAUUCCGCUACCAAUAGUGAUAUUUGGUUAUCACCCAACUCAAUUCCUCUUUCUAUGUCUCCUAUUCAAAAUAAUGAAAAUCCAGCUCUUGUUGGUCACAUUGAACCGGGUUCAAUACCGUCUGUUUGUCGUGCUGGUCAAGCAUUAAAUGUUAUUCAACCUCCUGUUGUCGGUUCUAUUCCUCCUACAUGUGUACCUAUCACUAAUACUAACCAAUCCGUUGGUGGACGUGGUUCUGGUAUCACAAAGCCAGGAACAAAAAAACGUAAAGCUGGUGCUGCAUCCGGUAGAUCUAGUGUUAUUACCAAUACUGGUAAUUAUGCACAAUCUUUAUCAUCUACACAUCAACAAUCAUCACCUACUAAUCAAAAUGUUCAUUGUGUUAAACAACCCAUUCCUAAUUGUGUUACAACUCCUAAUAAAUCAAUGAAUCCUUCUUAUAUUGGAGAUGAAUUACAAAUGAAUCAUUUCCCACGUUCUACACCUGGUCAUCCACGUCCUAUACAUCAAACACCAACCAGUGGUGGUCGAUCACAAUUUCAAUCAACUGAUCCAUGCAUGAUGCAUUAUUCCGACGUAAUAUGUGGACCGAAUUCCGGACAAAUUCCAAUUGAACAACAAUCUGGGAAUAUGGAAAUGAUGAUGUUAGUUAAUUCUCGUCAUUCUGGUACACCAAAAAGUAGUGGUGAACCAUUUCCUAGUGGUACUGUCAGUCCAAGUGUAUCCUGUUCCAUUUCAAAUCUUGGAAGUCGUACAGGUUUGAAUUGCAAUACAAAUUAUGGUCCAAUUAGUAAUUAUGGAAACAGUGCUAAUACGAAUAAACCGAUGAAUCAUCCAUAUUUUAAUUCAUCUGAUAUGAUGGGACCAAAUCCAGAUUCUAUUACUAUGAGGACAACUCCUAGUAGUACUCCAUGCACACAGCAUUUAACUUCUGCUAGCUUAGCUAGUUUAGCACGAUUAUCUCAAAUGUCUGGACCUGAAGGUCCGUACAUUCCAUCAUGUUCAGCCUCGUUUUAUAAUCCAACCAUUGGGAAUAGUCUUGGAUCAAUGCCUGGUCAUGCUGUCCACUCAAAUCGUAAUGGAUCUUUACCUUCCUUUCAUCUAGAUGGAAGUCCCGUUAUACCAACGCCACCUCAAGGAGCACAUCAUAUUAUAUCUCAAGGUGCACGCAAUCAUAACUCAAGUCCUGGAAAUUGUGGCUCGAAAUCACAUUUAUGCAAUCCUAACCAAUCACUAUCAUCUAAUAUGACUCCUAAUAAUUGUAAUUUACCUCAUUCUUUAUCAUCCCAAACUAUUCCAAUAAAUUCUAAAUUUAAUUCCCAAGGCUAUCCUCAUACAAAUCCACAGCUUCAACCAACAUUACAACAACAACAACCACAAAAUCCUAUGGGCACUGUCACUAAUUGUGGUUCUUCACUUCCUUCUCCAGUUCCUAAUUUACCAACACCAUCUCAGCAACAGCCUCCUUCGAUUCAAGUGAAUAAUACAUUUUUUAAUGCACAAUUAAAUGUACAACAAAUGAAUUAUCAACAUGUUAGUGCACCUGGAUCAACUGGUCAAAUGCAAAUACAUUUUGCACAACAACAACCAUCAACAACACAACAUCCAGUUCAACCACCAUCAUCACAUGAACAUUUACGUUCAGUUCGACAAUCAGAUAAUAAUAAUAAUAAUAAUAAUAAUAAUAAUAGUAGUAGUAGUACAAUUCGUAUGACAAAUUCAUCAAAUGAAUAUAAUUCAAACAAUCAUCCAUUGUUAUACAAUACUGAUGGAGUUAAUCAUCAUUCUCAUCAUCAACGUAUUGUUGAUUGUCCUUCAAAAUCUGAAAUUCCUGGAAUUAUUCCAUCUAGUUCAGUAAUUACUUCAUCUGUUGUAUGUACACCUUUAGGAUCUUCAGUUGUUGGCGGAGGUAGUGCUGGUUAUGGUAAUGCAAGUAUUCAAAUAACUCCUAGAACACCGCAUACAAUUCAAUAUCUUCCAACUGUUUCUCCUCAAGUUUCUAACAAUCAAGGACCUUCAGGUAUAUCAUCUGGAUCAAAUCAAAUGCAAAGGUCUAAUUCUGUACGUAGUUAUCAAUAUAUGCCAUCUGAUAUAGAUAAUAAUAAUAAUAACACCUCACAUGUUACAGAUAACUCUAUUCGCCAUCCUACCUUUCAGUCAAAUCAUCAAUCCUAUCCUACUAAUCAAAAUAUUCCUGGACAAUUUUAUAAUUCCAAUCCACAUCAUUAUUCAUCAUCCUCACAAUCGGUUAUUCCACAAACUUAUCCAUCUAAUCUUCAAGGUCAAAGUAAACAUUCUCAAAUUACUGGUCAAUUUCCUGCUGGAGGAAGGCAUAAUGUUAAUAACAGUAAUCAUAGUAAUAAUAGUAAUAAUUCAACAUUUGGAUGGAGUGAUACAAGUUUCGAGUCAAAUCUAUUAGGUCCAAAUUCAUUGACAGCAUCAUCAACUAAUGAUACCAGUUUAAAUACUUUUAAAUCUUCAAAUUGUAAUCAUCAAAGUCAACCUAUUGAUAAUCGUUUGGGUAGAAAUAUUAAUCACGCAGUAUUACGUGAUGCUCAAAUGAAUUAUUCAGCAUGUAGCAAUAAUAAUAGUAAUAAUAACAAUGACACAUUAUCAACAUCUAUGUCUACUAAGAUGGAUCCGUCCACUGAUAUCAUAUCUCAUCAAAUGUUCACAAAUUCAUCUGAUAUACCAUCAGUACAACAACGUGUUCAUGUGAAUCAUCACUCACAACAAUAUCUCCGUCAAUCAGCUGUCAACGAUGGUGCUAAACCUCAAUCCUACUCCUCAUCAUCUACACAACAACCACAACAUCAUCAAACAAGUCAAAUUCAUCAACAGUAUUAUCAUCAUCAACAACAACAACAUCAUCAAAUGAUGAUGUCUUCAUCAUCCAUGUGUGAUUAUUCCAGUAGUAAUAAUAAUCAUAGUAAUAAUAGUGAUUGGAGUUCUACGAAUCAAGUACAGUUUGUAAUGUCGAAUUCUACGAUGAAUUCUACAAUGUAUAGUAGUCAUAGUAAUAAUAUUGUAGAUAAUAUAUCUGUUAGUGGUUCUGUUGGUAGUAUGAUGGAAAAUCCUACAAAUAUAGGACAUACUAGUAAUCCUAAUAGUAAUAGUAGUAGCGCACCACCGACCACUAAUAAUAGUAAUCAUAAACGUCCGCAAAUAGUAAAUCCUAUGAAUGGAGAAAUGAAACAUAAUAUUUCACUGAAUCCCCAUUCACAACAUCAUGCCUUGCCGCCUCAUCCACAACAAUCCCAACAAAUGAUGAUGGUCAAUAAUAAUAAUAAUAACGGCAAUAAUAAUAGAUCGAACUGGUAUCCUCACCAAUCGAUUGGCAAUCAAAUGACGUUCACUUCAAUGUCAUCAUCAGCAUCAACAAAUACAAGCCGAGAAAUGUAUUCCAGUCAAGUGCAUAAUACUAAUAAUGGUAAUAAUGCUAACUUUUCAUUAAACUCAUUACCACCGGUUACUGGUGGUGGUCAUCCUUCGGAUACAUCAUUAGGAACAAUUGGUAUGGUGGAUAAUAACAAUAAUAUUAAUAAUAAUGGAAAUAGAAGUAUACUUAGACAAUCACAAGAUCCUUAUGAUAAUUCAUUACCUAUAUCUUCUAUGUCAUCAUCAUCAUCAUCGACAACAUCUUCAACACAGCCUUAUUCAUCAUCAGUUGUUUAAAAAGAAAGGAGAAAAUACAAAGAACAAUUAUUAUUGAUUACUUAACUUGAUCCAUGAAAUGAAGAAUCAUCCAUUGAAAUCAAGACUUCUACUAGAAUAACAAUAAUGAAUAAUGAAUUUUGGAUCUCAUUUUUUUUUUCUUCAUGCAAAACAUCUAUCUAUACAUAUACAUAUACAUAUGUGAAUAUUGUCUCAUAAUGAAUAAUAAUGCUAUCAACACAUUGUAUUUGAUUGGUUUCUUUUUCUUUUUCUAAAACAAAAAAACAAACAAACUUGUAAUUGAGAAGUAAUUGAUUGUUGUAUCUUUCCAUUCUCCUAGUUUUGUUACUCUCUCUCUCUCUCUGUGUGUGUGUGUGUGCUCUAUCAUGGUCAUGAUCACCCCCCCACACACACACUCUCUUGAUCGUUCAUUUCCAGUUUCUUCUUUGUAUAUACAUAUACAUACAUACAUUUUUACUGAUAUUGAUCAUGAAUAAGAUAAACUUUAUGGGUUACAUUGUAAUACAACUCAUUUAUGUAUUUAAUUACAUACAAUAUAAUUUAAUGAUAUUUUAAUGAAUAAUUAUUAUUCAUAUAAUUGUUUAAUAUGAAUAAUAAAGUACAAUUUUGACUUUUCUUUUCUUUUUUCUUUUCUUUUUCUUUACUUUUCUUUUUUCUUUUUCAAAAGAAAAAGAAAAGAGAAGUUUUCAUUCCUUAAUCUCUAUCCAUUUUAUACUUUAACAUGAACACUAUUUUCAUUUAUGUAUACCUUAAUUUUUUUUAUUUCUUGACUUUACAUUUUAGUCUUACUCUUGUUUCAUUGUUAUCAUCGUUUUUUACUUUGUUUCUUCUAUUAAAAAAAAAAAACAGAUCAUUGUACUUUUCUAAUGGGAGGAGGGUUGCGGGGGGAGGUGUAUAAAGCGAGGCAAUUUCUAAUAUUGAUUUCUUUUUUUUUUGUUGUUUACUUUACUCAGUACUCUAUUCACAAUAUCUUUGUCUACAAUUAUUACUUUCUUUAUUAAUGUUGGUUAAUGAUUAUAUUAAUGAAGAGAAUGUAAAAUUGUUAUAAUGUUUGUUAAUUAUGUAUGUAUAUUAUCCCUCGCUCAGUUUAUUACCAACUCUUUUCUCCCUCUCCCUCCCCUCUCUCUCUCUCUCUGUUUAUUUUCAUAACUGCCCUAGUUACAAAAUAAAUUGAUCUAAUUAAAAGAAGUAUUGUUUCUCUCCUAGUUACCCAGUAUUCAUGUACGUGUCAUACAUGCGCGUAUGUGUUCAUUUGUUGAAUUUGAUGAUUUUUAUUUCUUUAAUUUUUGUCCCUUUACCUUUAUAUAAGACAAAUAAAGGUAGAAUGAUGAAAUCAUAUAUUCCUUACAUGGGUGUACAUGUUAAAACUAGGAUUAUUAUUAUUAUUAUUAUUGGUAGUGUGUUGUCAUUGUUUUAUGCACAGUUACUGUAUAAUACUUAUGAUACACGUGUGUGUGUGUGUGUGUAUGUAUGUAUGUGUGUGUCUCUCUCUCUAUCCCUUUUCCUCUAUCCUUUACUUUUGAUAUCCAAUUAUUCUUUCUUAUAUUCUUCUCUCGCUUUUGGUUUUCUCUUUCUUGUAUUAUAUUUAUAAUCUACAUAUAUUAUUGAUGAUUAUAUAGAAAUGAGAAUGUAUCAAAUUGAUUAUGAAUUAUUUAUUCAUUUCAUUUCUUUCGAUUGAAUUCAAUUUAUAAAAAGAAAUCAAUGAUUGAUUAAAUGAUUGAUCGAUUGAUUGAUUAUUGAUUGAUUUCAUUUGUUUACAUAAUCAUUAUUUCUAUUAUCAUGUUAGAGUUUAUUGUUUGAUGAUUUACUUUCAUGGAUACUUUUAAUUCCAACACUUGCAAAUAUAUACCAUACAUAUAUACAUACAUACAUACAUACAUAGAUAUUGGUUCACAUUUACCAUUGUGUAAUGAUAUUCAUAGGAUUUCAGCGUAAUUACAUUCGAAUGUUUACUUGUUGAUAUGAAUUACCUUUAUUGAAUCAUUCAAUGUUGACUAAUUCUUCUAUGUGUUCUCUUAAAAUAAAUCGACUCCUUGUAUGUAUGUAUCUAUGUAUGUAUGUAUGUGUGUGUGUAUAAAUAUGAUUGGAAAAUGUCAGUAAUAGAUAGGCACUUUGUAUUUCUUUUUUCUCUUUUUUGUUUGUUUGUUUGUUUAUUUUAUGUUCUCUUAUUCAUUACAAUGAUUCUUAUUGUUUCAUUUAACACAUUCAAAAUCAAUAAUAUUGAUGUUGUACACAAAACCAAAUGUAUUUGGAUACACUUGAAUGAUGCAGCUGAUCAUCAUCACCGUCCUCCUCAUCAUUAUCAUCAUCAUAAUCAUCGUCACCAUUAUCAUUUUUUCUGAAAUCUCAUUCUGUAAUUCUUAAAUAGGUCAGUGUUAUCCAUGUGUAUGGAUUACCAAUUAUGUUUGUUCAAUGAUCAAAUAAAAAGAAAGUUUAAAUGAUAGUUGUUAUACGCGCACAUUGAUCUCUUAUAUCUAUUCUAUUGUUUAACAUUUCCUCCAUUGUUCUUGCAUUCUAUCACCUUUAUAUAUAUAUAUAUAUAUAUAUAUAUAUACAAAUACAAUUACAAUCCAUAUUCAUAUGCACAUGCACAUGCACACACACACACACUUUUACUUCAUUAUUCAAUCUUGUUUUUCACAAAACUUUAUGAAAAGAGACAAUUUUUUUUUGUUAUCCUUCUAAUACCUGUAUUAUAUAAGAAGAAAAACAAACAAACAAACAAACGAUUAUAACAUGAUUUUGUUGUUUAAUUUUUAACUUGCCACUGAAUAUAAAUAACGGGUGUUUUUUUUUUUCUCUC